GUUUCUUGAGUCUGUAGAUGUUUACAAAGAAAUGCUACAAAAAGUAACAAAUCCAUUAAUAAGUCUCUUUUCUCUCUAAUCGGAGACUGCCGGCGGGAAGACUUUAAGAUCGGUGCUUGUGUGACGGUAACUGAUUGUAAGAGAUUUGCAAAAAAGAUUUGACACAAUGUCUAUGGUUGAUGAACCACUAUACCCAAUAGCUGUCCUCAUAGACGAGCUGAAAAAUGAUGACAUCCAGCUUAGGUUGAACUCGAUCCGUAGAUUGUCAACAAUUGCACGUGCUCUUGGGGAGGAGCGGACAAGGAAGGAAUUAAUUCCCUUUUUGAGUGAAAACAAUGACGACGACGAUGAGGUGCUUCUUGCAAUGGCUGAAGAGUUGGGGGUGUUUAUUCCAUAUGUUGGUGGAGUUGAACAUGCCCAUGUUUUGCUCCCACCUCUGGAGACACUUUGCACUGUCGAGGAGACCUGUGUCAGGGACAAAGCUGUGGAGUCUCUUUGUCGGAUUGGGUCACAGAUGAGGGAGAGUGACUUGGUUGACUGGUUUAUUCCUCUGGUUAAGAGACUGGCAGCUGGUGAAUGGUUUACAGCUCGAGUAUCUGUUUGUGGGCUGUUCCACAUUGCCUACCCAAGUGCCCCAGAUAUGUUGAAGACAGAGUUGCGGUCAAUAUAUACCCAGUUGUGCCAAGAUGACAUGCCCAUGGUUAGGAGAUCUGCUGCAACAAAUCUAGGGAAAUUUGCUGCAACUGUUGAACCUGCUCAUUUGAAGACUGACAUCAUGUCAAUAUUUGAGGAUCUUACACAAGAUGAUCAAGAUUCUGUACGACUAUUGGCUGUUGAGGGUUGUGCAGCUCUUGGAAAGUUGUUGGAGCCUCAGGAUUGUGUUGCACAUAUUCUCCCUGUUAUAGUAAAUUUCUCUCAGGAUAAGUCAUGGCGUGUGCGCUACAUGGUUGCAAAUCAAUUAUAUGAACUUUGUGAAGCUGUGGGGCCUGAGCCUACUAGGACGGACUUGGUCCCUGCAUAUGUGCGAUUACUUCGAGAUAAUGAAGCUGAAGUACGUAUAGCAGCUGCUGGCAAAGUAACUAAGUUUUGCCGGAUUCUAAAUCCAGAACUUGCGAUUCAACAUAUUCUUCCCUGUGUGAAGGAAUUGUCAUCAGAUUCUUCCCAGCAUGUCCGCUCUGCUCUGGCUUCUGUAAUAAUGGGGAUGGCCCCCGUUCUAGGGAAGGAUGCAACAAUCGAGCAUCUUCUUCCGAUAUUUCUCUCUCUUUUGAAGGAUGAAUUUCCUGAUGUGCGACUUAAUAUUAUCAGCAAGCUUGAUCAAGUGAACCAGGUUAUUGGAAUUGAUCUAUUGUCUCAAUCCUUACUACCUGCCAUCGUUGAACUUGCCGAGGAUAGACAUUGGAGGGUUCGUCUUGCAAUAAUAGAGUAUAUACCUUUAUUGGCCAGCCAGUUGGGUGUAGGAUUUUUUGAUGAUAAACUUGGUGCUCUUUGUAUGCAGUGGUUACAGGAUAAGGUUUAUUCUAUUCGUGAUGCUGCUGCUAACAAUUUAAAGCGCCUUGCCGAAGAAUUUGGUCCUGAUUGGGCAAUGCAGCACAUAGUUCCACAGGUGUUGGAUAUGGUUAACAAUCCCCAUUAUUUGUAUCGGAUGACCAUUUUGCGUGCUGUCUCUCUGCUUGCCCCUGUUAUGGGAUCAGAUAUCACUUGUUCUAAAUUGUUGCCAGUGGUCGUACUUGCAUCAAAAGACAGAGUACCCAACAUAAAGUUUAAUGUUGCAAAGGUGCUGCAGUCUCUCAUUCCGAUUGUAGACCAGUCGGUGGUGGAGAAGACAAUACGUCCAAGCUUGGUUGAGCUUGGUGAGGAUCCUGAUGUUGAUGUCCGCUUCUUUGCCAAUCAAGCCCUACAGUCGAUCGAUCAUGUGAUGAUGUCUAGCUAGGCAUAACCAAUUUACUUAAAAUCAAUUCAUCUCUGAACCUACACUUGUAAUGAAGACCUUUUGCUGGAGCUGCUAUUCUUUUUUCUGUUGUUUAGAUUAGUUCUAUCUUCUUUCCUAAUGGUUUUGAGUGGUAGUGCGGUUGUAUCUUCUGACUAACAUGUAAAAGCCAUUAUUUGGCUAUUGAACUAAUGUGCUCUAGUGUUUGAGAAACAUUCCAUAUUGGCCUUGAAGAUCA